GUGCUUUCGUUCCAAGUAUUUCAGAAACCUGUAGGUUGAAAUUAAAUACUGCGUGAACGAUGGUUAUGCGAACUGGCGACGCAAGUGUAUGGCUAAUUGUGUGUUCAAAAAAUCAUAGAAUAUCGAGGUGCUCGCCUAAAUCCUAACAUCUAAGUGCAAACAUUGUGAACGAUGGCUGACUACUACAAUGUACUAGACGUGCAACAAACCGCCACGAGCGAGGACAUCAAAAAGGCAUAUAGAAAAUUGGCAUUGAGAUGGCAUCCAGACAAAAACCCUGAUAACCUGGAAGAAGCGAACAAGAGAUUCAAAGAAAUAUCCGAGGCGUACGAAGUCUUAAUUGACGAAAGGAAAAGAAGCAUCUACGAUGGAAAGGAAGGACUUCAAACGCGAUGUGUUGAGAGGCAAUGCAGGAACGACAUUAAUGCACACUUCAAUAUUCCAUCUUUCAUAUUUAGACCCCCUGAGGAAGUAUUUAGAGAAUUCUUUAAUGCUGCUCCUCUCGAGAACCUGUUCAGUAAGUAA